AAAGGUUUUUUAGUGGUGUUUCUAUCUAAAACACACGUGUAAAUGAAAGACGUGUCAUUUUUGGACCGGGUUUUUCUAAAAUUCGGGAGAAAAUAGCACAAAAAUGGUGCCUGAAAUGUACUAUGAAUACUUUUAACCGAAAAGAAAGCCCAGAAACUUAAUUUGAAGCUGAAAUUAGACGAAAAUUGCAAUGUUCAUGACUAAACGACUCCAAUCACACUCCGAAUCCGGUUGAAUUUCUGCAUCACUAUCUAACAACCGGCCGGCUCGCUGUUUUGCAUGUGGGGAAGGGGUGGAAAUUAUUAUUUUUAAUUUUGUAUUUCUUCAAUCAGAACGUACACUGCUCUCCUUCACAAUGAACGGUAUCCAGCUCUGUCUGGUGUUGGGUUUGGUAGUAUGCAGCCUGGGCCUGACACCAAACACCUUCCUUAAUAGUGAUGACUUCAAAAGGCUAGAAGAGCUGUUUCAGGGCCACCUCACUGCAAAGAAGGACCUGCAGUCUGUCCACUAUGCUGCACUAGGUGUAAAAGUGAUAGGGAAGGUGGCAUCAAAUGCUCAGGAUGUUUGUAAAUACCUCAAGAGCCAGGUAACCCAGGAGCCGACUGAUCUCUACUAUGUGGCCAAGGCUGCAGCUGCCCUGCCCGGCUGCAAACUCACAAUGCCAGCUGAUGUUGUUCAGAAUCUGCAAAAGAGCGCGUCAGACAAGGCCACGGUGUCUGAGCUGUACCAUUCUACAGGCGCUCUGCUCGCCCUCGGUAACACCAUCAACAGCAAGACCAUCUCCCAGGCACUGCAGGCCGCGCUCAAGAAGGAUGACAGCGUCCUCAACCUGGGCUACGCGUUCCACCUGGCCGCCGAGCUGGACGGCGACCUGACGCCGUUCCUGGACCGGGUCGAGGACGCCGUCGUACAGGCCGACGAGGUGGAUCACAAGUACCUGCAGUACGAGGGCGGCGUCGGCAUCACCUCCACGGUGGUGACGGGCGCGUACCGGCUGGCGGAGAAGGCCAACAAACGGCCGGCCAUCACCGACGAGCAGGCGGUCAAGUUCGCCAACUACCUGGUCAAUCGCAAGGCGAUCCAGUCGGUGAAGGGCGCCUACCACCUGGUCAACGGGCUCACCAUGUUCUGUACCAACAAGUUCCACCUGCCGGCGGUGGUGUCGCUCGCCUCAUCGGCCGCCCUGAGCUCGGCCAAGCCCAAGCUGACUGUGCAGGUCACAGAUCUGCUGGGCCGGCCACUGCCGCACGACAUCACGCUGCUGGCAGAAUCGGCCACCCGACAGGAGGACGACGCCGUCGUCGUCAGCAAGAGCCCCUUCACGCCGUCAAAGUCGGACAAGUCCCAGUUUGAGCUGGACAUGCUGGCUUCGACGCCCGGCCGAGGCUUCUACCGUCUGGUGGUCUCCGCCAAGCCGAGCAAGCCUGACGCCCGGCUCAUCGGCAACACGGGAGCCGAGCUACGCGUCAAAGUGCUGACUCAGAUGUCGCUGGAGAACGUGGAACUGGGAGUGACCGACUCCGAUCAGACCUCGGCGCCUCGUAUGAACACGGUGGUGCAGCACAGCAAGCUGGCCACGGUGCUCGAGGCGGACGUGCACCAGAAACUGGUGCUCAAAUUCACCAUCCUGGACAAGCAGACCAAGAAGCCGAUGCGCUGCCACCAGGCGUUCGUCCGCCUGGAGCACCAGAAGACGGGCCGCGAGCUUAUCUUUGUCGCCGAGCCGGACAACUCGCUCGUCUACAAACUGGACGUGUCGGUGGACGCCCAGGCCAAGAAGCCCGGCGUGCGCGCCGGAAAGUACGCGGUGCAGCUGCUGAUCGGCGAUCCGGUGGUGGAUAACGCGCUGGCCUGGACGCUGGCCGACGUGGUGCUGCAGUUCCCGGACGGAGACAAGGCCGACCCGGUCGACAUCUACGCCCCGAAACCCGAGAUCAAGCACACGUUCCGGGAGCCGGAGCCGCGUCCUCCCGCCGUCAUCUCCAGCGUGUUCACGGGCCUGGUGCUGGCGCCGCUGCUGGUGAUGCUCAUCCUCUGGGCCCGGGUCGGCAUCAACGUGCGUCAGUUCCCCAUCUCGCUGUCCGCCAUCGGAUUCCUGGCCGGUAUCGGAGCCAUUUUCGCCCUGUACGUCGGCUUCUGGCUGCAGCUGAACAUGUUCACCACGGUCAAGUACCUGUUCGGCAUCGGCGUGGUGACGUUCCUAUGCGGCCACGACACACUCGCCCGCCUGGCGGCCAAGCGCAAACAGAAGGUGUGAGGGGCGGUCGCGUCAGCCCGCGCUGGGAGGUGCGGCUCCCUCCAUUCCAGCCUGUGUGUCUGUCUGUCCGUUUGUGUGUGUGCCUGUGUGUCCGGGGCGGUCUGCUUGUGAUGACCGGCAGUGUGGUUUGUAUCACUGCCUUACGCGCGCGGCACACACGUCACGUCACAACCAAAUCGGAGCACGCCGCGGGAAGGCUGGCGGCGAGACACUGGACGAACGGGGUCGGUGGUUGUCGCGAUCGUCAGAGGAAACUUGCACGAGUGAAGGUUGUGCGUGUAGGUAUGUGUGUUAUUUCAUACGGCCUGGCCGGGGAGGGACUCGCGUCGACUGGUGAUAGGGAGCAGACUGUGCGGUCAGGGACUCUGUGGCGCCGGCCGACCCCACGGACCGGGGUCAGGGACUGGGUCAGGUGGUGCCGGCCGACCCCACGGACCGCGGUCAGGGACUCGGUGUGACGGCAGAACGUGAUGCGGUGUGACACGCGCUUCUGUUACGGUCAGAGCAUUACCUAUCACUAGCAUCGCCCAUUCGUUUCCUCGAGGUUUGCUGGUUGAAGCCAGUUUUUUCGAUACCAUCGAAAGAGCAAUCAACUUAAUUCUAACAGAACGUGAUAGGCCUAAGAAAUUGUGAUUUCCCCUUUGUUGUGAUGGUAUCUUUAUGAUGUGUGAAGCCGGAGUUCAAUACAUUCGGGACGAAAA